GGUCUGGAUCCAUGCUGGUUGCAAAUGCACCAUGUUGGUUUUCUCAUGAUGCGGCUCAAAUGCUUAAUGAGAAUAUGUUGCCCCAUUUGGUUAGGGUCUGUGACCUAAAUCUACAGUACUUCCUGUAUUCCAAACAUUUCCCCUAAACCUUGGAAGAUCCAUCCUACAUGUGUGUGUGUUUUGUAUUUUUAAAUGCUAACCCAGUGACAUAGUGUGUUUGGUAAGUGUACUUUGUAUUUACUAAUAGUUUCCAAACCCAAAUACCCGAGACUUGUGUGAAGUAAUAAUAUAUUUUGUCCUGUACCAUUUAUUCUAAAGUGCAGGGUAAAAUUAAUGCUUUUCUUUAAUGUACACAUUUACAAAAGAACAGUUGGAGUUACUUUCCCUGUUGCAGCAAAGGGAUUCUGAAAAAAAAUGACACUGACAGUGUACUGAAAUAAAGUUAACUUUAUGCUUUCUUAAGUAGCAGCUUUGUACUGAAGGGACAAAAAGUUCAAAUUAAAUAUCUUGUAGAUGUGUGAUGAUCAUUGGUUAAAAGAAAGAUGAUUAUCUAUUACAGUGCAGGGUUUGUGAUUUUCUACGACUUCAUCUUAUGUCUGGACCCUACAAUACAAGCUUGCCGACUGGUUGUCGGCCUUCACAGCUCAUCGGCAGUGAUGGGAGAACCAACGGUAUUGCCAACAGUCUACACGGAACCAGCUACUCGUGGAGAGAGAUACAACUAUAACUAUUCCAAUGCUAUUAUAGGGGCCAAACAACCAGUACCAAAAUGUCCACCAGAGUCGGAUCUAGGCAUAGUCACGGAGCUUCAAGCCAGUGGUGGUCCUGCCUCGGAACACGAUCGUCACAGUUUGAUUACGCGGGCCUGGACAAAGAUACCACUGUUUGAUAACAACAGUCGCCUUAUAGCAGGCAGGUUCAGAAUUCCAUUGAGAAAUGUACCGAUUAAGCCUUUCCUUCAUGUCAGCCAAGUACAAAGAGUGCCAAAGUUCGGAGAUGCAGAGUUAUGCUACAGAAUUGUGAACAUGCGAGACGCAGAAGUACACUCGAUGCAGCAGAUCUCUGCCGCUAACUACAACCAGUACUCUCAUCCUCAGUGGAUAGUGGAGGCUCCGGAAAUCAACAUUCCGGUCUAUAGUCCCAAACAAAACAUACCCCCGCCUCCUACGGCAACCCCUUUGCCCACGCCCAGAAAGCAGAAGAAGGGAAGCGCACAGCAGGUGCCGGUAACACCCCAGGACCGCUUACCCUCCAUCCAACGCAGAGCGCCUCGCUCAACUUCUCCUCCACAAAUUAUGGCAAUCCAAGAUAUGACACUUGGGUUCCAGGUGGACCGAGUUAAACAGGCCGAGCCGGGGGAGGGGAAAGUUAGACUUACUGCUUAUUAUGCUUCUACUGGAAAGGUUGUACAAUCAUCUACUAGCCCUGUCACCUGUAGUACAACGGCAGUCCGCUCCAAUUUCAAGUUUGGCUACCAUGUUUUUGGUCAACAAGAAGCCUCGUUCCAGGAUGUCGAGUACCAGGGUGACAUGGUCCUCAUUGCUCGCCUCUACCUCAAGAAACGUCAGUCUGAUCUCAUAGAUGAUUUUAUCAUGCCUGAUCAGGGUGCACAGGAAGCCUCGUUAUAUGACGAGGAAACUUGCGUGGCCUGGUCCUUCCUACCACUAGUCCAGUGUGAUGAAAACUUGCCUGUAAAAAAGAGAAGAACAUUUAAUCCCAGUAUCAUGUCUAUCAACCAAGGCACCCACACCAUUCCACUGUUCCAACCACCCAUACCUGAGCCCAACCAAGUCCCACUGAGUGAUCAGCCUUAUACCAGGGACUGGCAACGGUAUGGAAAAGCAACCUUGAGAGUUUAUGUGUUUCAAGGUCAGCCUCGACCAGGGUCAUUGACCCCUAGUGAUGUGUCAGAUAUCGAGGAUGAAGACACUUUACCCAAGUUUGCAUGGUUACCCCUAGAAAGAAAGACACCAAUAAAAGAACCAUUUCUGUUAGGAGAUGGUUUUGAUGUAUAUAUUGAUGCUUGUAGAUACCUUCCUGACUCUGCGACCUUUACCAAGGUCGCUGGACGCAUACUUGACCGCCGAUACGAGUUGUACGGUAAAGACAUAAACACUGGUGUAAAGUUAGACAGUGAUGUCUACAACCCAGUGUAUGAAGAAAAAGUAGAAUUUAGAGAGACAAAUAUACCGCCAACUGCUACACUUCUACUCAAGAUUUAUACAAUAGAUAAUUUCUACAAGACACUGACUGUGAUAGGGUAUGCUACACUGAAUGUAUUUGUAGAGACUGGGACAGAGAGACAACCCGUUGUUGAUAAACCUAUGCAAGUAAGUUUCAUACACAGUCAGCUUGUUUGAUCAAUGAAACCUUAC